ACCAUGCAUCGGAAGAAAGUGGAUAACCGAAUCCGGAUUCUCAUUGAGAAUGGGGUAGCGGAGCGGCAGAGGUCUCUCUUUGUUGUGGUCGGAGAUCGAGGAAAGGAUCAGGUGGUCAUACUCCAUCACAUGUUGUCCAGAGCAACUGUGAAGGCUCGGCCUUCUGUGCUGUGGUGUUAUAAGAAAGAGCUGGGGUUUAGCAGUCAUCGGAAGAAAAGAAUGCGACAGCUGCAGAAGAAAAUAAAGAGCGGGACGCUGAACAUAAAGCAAGAUGACCCCUUUGAACUCUUCGUAGCUGCCACAAACAUUCGCUACUGCUACUACAAUGAGACCCACAAGAUCCUGGGCAAUACAUUUGGCAUGUGUGUUCUCCAGGAUUUUGAAGCUUUGACUCCAAACUUGCUGGCCAGGACUGUAGAAACAGUGGAAGGUGGUGGCUUGGUGGUUAUCCUCCUACGGACCAUGAACUCACUCAAGCAGUUGUACACGAUGACCAUGGACGUGCAUUCAAGAUACAGGACGGAGGCCCAUCAGGAUGUGGUGGGAAGAUUUAAUGAGAGGUUUAUUCUUUCUCUGGCCUCAUGUAAGAGGUGUCUUGCCAUCGAUGACCAGCUCAACAUCCUGCCCAUCUCCUCCCAUGCCGCCAGCGUUGAGGCCCUCCCUCCCCAGACCCCGGAGAGUCUUGGGCCUUCUGGUCUGGAGCUGAAGGAGCUGAAGGAGAGCUUGCAGGACACCCAGCCUGUGGGCGUGUUGGUGGAGUGCUGCAAGACCCUAGACCAGGCCAAAGCUGUCUUGAAAUUCAUUGAGGGGAUCUCGGAAAAGACCCUGAGGAGUACUGUUGUGCUCACAGCUGCCCGAGGAAGGGGAAAAUCUGCAGCCCUGGGAUUGGCUGUUGCUGGGGCGGUGGCUUUUGGCUACUCCAAUAUCUUUGUUACCUCUCCGAGCCCGGAUAACCUCCACACUCUGUUUGAAUUUGUAUUUAAAGGAUUUGAUGCUCUGCAGUAUCAGGAGCAUCUGGAUUAUGAGAUCAUUCAGUCUCUAAAUCCUGAAUUUAACAAAGCUGUGAUCAGAGUGAACAUAUUCCGGGAACACAGGCAGACCAUUCAGUAUAUACAUCCUGCAGAUGCUGUGAAACUGGGCCAGGCUGAACUUGUUGUGAUCGAUGAAGCUGCUGCCAUACCCCUCCCCCUGGUGAAGAGCCUUCUGGGCCCCUACCUUGUGUUCAUGGCCUCCACCAUCAACGGCUACGAGGGCACUGGCCGGUCUCUGUCCCUCAAGCUAAUUCAGCAGCUCCGUCAACAGAGUGCCCAGAGCCAGGUCAGCACCACCGCUGAGAACAAGACCACGACGACUGCCAGACUGGCAUCAGCGCGAACCCUGCAUGAGGUUUCCCUGCACGAGUCGAUCCGAUACGCCCCUGGGGAUGCAGUAGAGAAGUGGCUGAACGACCUGCUGUGCCUGGAUUGCCUCAACAUCACUCGGAUCAUCUCUGGCUGCCCCUUGCCUGAAGCCUGUGAGCUCUACUAUGUUAAUAGAGAUACCCUCUUUUGCUACCACAAAGCCUCUGAGGUUUUCCUCCAACGGCUUAUGGCCCUCUACGUGGCUUCUCAUUACAAGAACUCUCCCAGCGAUCUCCAGAUGCUUUCUGAUGCGCCUGCUCACCAUCUCUUCUGCCUCCUGCCUCCCGUGCCCCCCACCCAGAAUGCCCUUCCUGAAGUGCUUGCUGUCAUCCAGGUGUGCCUUGAGGGGGAGAUUUCUCGCCAGUCCAUCUUGAACAGCCUGUCUCGAGGCAAGAAAGCUUCGGGGGACCUGAUUCCAUGGACAGUGUCGGAACAGUUCCAAGACCCAGACUUUGGCGGCCUUUCGGGUGGAAGAGUGGUUCGCAUUGCUGUUCACCCGGAUUAUCAAGCGAUGGGCUAUGGCAGCCGAGCCCUGCAGCUGCUGCAGAUGUACUAUGAGGGCAGAUUCCCUUGUCUCGAGGAGAAGGUCCUGGAGCCCUCACAAGAAAUUCACACUGUCAGCAGUGAGGCUGUCAGCUUGCUGGAAGAGGUCGUCACUCCCCGGAAGGACCUGCCUCCCUUACUUCUCAAACUGAACGAGAGGCCUGCCGAGCACCUGGACUACCUGGGGGUGUGCUACGGCUUGACCCCCAGGCUCCUCAGGUUCUGGAAACGAGCUGGCUUUGUCCCUGUUUAUCUGAGACAGACCCCGAAUGACCUGACCGGAGAACACUCGUGCAUCAUGCUAAAGACGUUGAUGGACGAGGAUGAGGCCGACCAGGGCGCCUGGCUCUCUGCCUUUUGGAAAGAUUUCCAAAGGCGAUUCCUAGCCCUGCUGUCCUACCAGUUCAGCACCUUCUCUCCUUCCCUGGCCCUGAACAUCCUUCAGAACAGGAACAUCGGGAAACCCGUGCAGCUGGCCCUGUGCCGGGAGGAGCUGGAAGCACUCUUCCUCCCCUAUGACCUGAAGAGGCUGGAGAUGUAUUCACGGAACAUGGUUGACUAUCACCUCAUCAUGGACAUGAUCCCGGCCAUCUCCCGGAUGUAUUUCCUGAACCGGCUGGGGGACCUGGCCCUGUCUGCUGCCCAGUCGGCUCUUCUCUUGGGGAUUGGCCUGCAGCACAAGUCUGUAGACCAGCUGGAAAAGGAGAUUGAGCUGCCCUCAGGCCAGUUGAUGGGACUUUUCAACCGGAUCAUCCGCAAGGUUGUGAAGCUGUUUAAUGAAGUGCAGGAGAAGGCCAUCGAGGAGCAAAUGGUGGCAGUGAAGGCCGUGGUUAUGGAGCCCACGAUGAAGACGCUGAGUGACGACCUGGAUGAAGCAGCAAAGGAGUUCCAGGAGAAACACAAGAAAGAAGUGGGGAAGCUGAAGAACCUGGACCUCGCUCAAUACAUAAUCCGUGGGGACGAUGAAGAAUGGAAUGAAGUUUUGAACAAAGCCGGGCAGAAUGCCUCAGUUGUCAGCCUGAAAAGUGACAAGAAAAGGAAGUUGGCAGCCAAACAAGAACCCAAACAGAACAAAAAGUUGAAGAAAAACAGAGAUGUGAAGAACAAAAAAGAUACAAAACUGAAGUGGAAGAAAUAG